UGGAACAAUAGAAUAGAAAAUAGCAAUGACAAUAGGUACGUGGUAGAACAACAGAAGUUCGUAUAUUAUCGGAAUGAAGAUUAUUUGGUCGGAUUGAAGAAGAGUAUCAUGGCCGAGUGCGGAGCCAAACUCAGAUUCCAACUUCAAUUCUCCGAAAUUCGCAGACAGAAAACACCAGUUCCAAGACAUCCAAAAGAUGCAGAGCAAUGCAAGCGGGGGCGUGCAGUGAAGGCAUCAUUUCAAUCUCAGUCAAGCGAGACGAAAAAGAAGGAACAGGAGAUUAGAGUGUGUGUAAACAAGGCCUGCUCUAAAAGUGGCUCUCGGGAAACCCAACAACUUCUCAUGAGCCUUGCACCUCCACAUGUCAUAGUCAAGACCUGUAACUGUCUUGGUCGUUGUGGUCUUGGACCAAAUUUAGUGUUGCUUCCAGCGGAGAUUUUUGUCAGCCAUUGCACAACAGCUGCACAUGCUGCCCGUUUGCUAGCUGCUCAGUGUGGGGCUUCAGAUCCUGAAAACAAUUUGAUUGCACUUUCACUCAAGGAGCAGGGCAACAAAGCAUUUGAAUGUGGGAAUGCAGUUCAAGCCGAGCUCUUGUAUUCACAGGCAAUUGACUUGAAGCCAUCAGGUGGUCAGCAUUUCCUAUAUGCAAACAGGUCAGCUGCAAGAUUAGCUAUUGGUGAUAAUGUUGGUUCUCUUUCAGAUGCCAAGGAAGCUUCGAGAAUAGCAUCGAAUUGGCAUGUGGCUCACACACGUCAGGGUGAUGCAUACUAUGCCUUAGGAGAAUAUGAAGCUGCAGAACAUGCAUAUUCAUGCGCUUUAGCCAUUGAACCAUCAAUUCAUAACUCGAAACCAUUCAAGGCCCAAAUUAAAAAACUUCAAGAAAAACUAGCUCUUUCAAAGGCUUUGUCUUGAGUAGGCUGGUUUAUAUAUUUCCAUAUGCGAAAUUAUGCCCUUUGAAGAGGAGGAUGAUAUGACUUGAGUACUAUUAUGUCACGGACUUCAAGUGAAAUGGGGAUGAUUGUAAAUAAUAAGCAAGUGCUUCUAUAAAUCGUAAAUACUUCACUGGCAUAACCUGUUGGCUGUUAGUAAUUUUAUUUAUGCUCUCAGACUUGUUUGAGAUCUUACUUCAAAGCAAGGUGUUAUAAUUGGACUGGCCUUUUCUUAAUUUAGUUCCCCUACAACCCUAACUAAUCUUCAUCUUUUAAACUUAUGUUUCUGCUUUCUUUCCAGCCUUUACCUCUUAGCAAGACAUCAUCACCAAAAUGUUAUUGUUGUUUACCCUGUCAUGUGUAAUGUGCCAUUAAUUGUUUUUUCCUUAAUCUGGAUUUCUGUGAGUAAAUUUCACAAAAUCAUAUGCAAGAUCCCAAAUUGCACGAGUUGGAUACGGACGAGGAUUGUACAUAGUAAUAUACCAUUUUUUGUUAUGUAUUUUAGCUUACACAA